AUGGCUGCGACACCUAAGACCACUUCGCGUGAGGAAAAGGUGGUAAAAAUUGAAACCUUUAUUAAUGACAGACUCCGGAAAGACCUCAAGCUCACUCUUGAUGCGGGUGACGCCAUCUAUGCUGAGAUUUCUGAGUAUCUCGAGCUGCAGAACCUACUGGAGAAGUUUUCUGAGGUAGGCUUUAGGGAUGACGACAACGAUGGUGCGACCGAGACCAUGGUCGACAUGGGUUGCAAUUUCUACAUCAAGGCUCACAUUCCUUCGUUGGAGCGUCUCUACGUGGACGUAGGUUUGGGCUUCCACGUGGAGCUGACACGUGACGAGGCUUUGGAGUUUGUGCGUCAGCGUGUGGAACUACUUUCCGCGAGAGCAGAGAUCUUCCGCCAGAAGGCAUUUGAGAUCCGUGCGCGCAUCAAGGUGUGCCUACAGGGCCUUCGUGAACUUCAGACUCUCGAUAUGGAACCCCGGCCUGACUUCCGCGACGUUCUCGCCUAG